AAAAUAAGUGUAAGAGUCAACCAUUUCCAAGAUAACUCCACUAAUUGUGUGCACAUUUAAGUUCUCAAUAUUAAAGGAAAUAAUUUCUGUACCAGUAAACAAAUUGAGAUAAGAAGAUCAUGAGACGUGCGACUCGAUUAAGUGAUUCAAUAUUUUUUUAGGGGAGUGUGUGUAGCUUUAUCAUUGGGGAGUUGCUUUUUGAUUUACUUUUGGUGCUGUUAUCAAACUUCUCAUAUGACCACAAUUGGGAUGUCCCAGCUUCUCAGUAUUAAGCAGUGCUUCAGACAAGGAAGUGUGUGGAUUUUUCUUAUUGAGAACAACGCUCAACGUGACUUUUCUUGUCGAUUUCUAUUGCAUUACUAUUGGUUUUCCUCGAAUGAUUUGAGGAGAAUGCCGUGUUGCAUUCUAAAGUGAUAAAGUGAUCUUAUUUGAAAAUUAAACUGCCCCACAAAGACUUCUCCUGAUCUUCACACAAAAGGCCAGGAUGAAACCCCUAAAAUUAUUUAUACACUCCGAUCAAGAGUCUCUUCCUAUUCUGCAGGUCAAGGAGAAGGACACGCCUUCUUAUGGCACCAGCGACAGGAAAGACUUACCUCCCACAACGUCACCAGAAAAAUGUGACCAGGACAGACAACUCAAGUACCCAACGGCUGUGUACCUUGUCCUAGGGUCAAAAUUUUUUGAAUCUUUCGCUGCAAAUGGAGUUAGAAGUAUCCUGGCACUUUAUCUGAGGGACUCUUUAAAUCUCCCAGAGAGUCUCUCGAUGACUGUUCUCCACAUUUUCAACUUCUUCAGCCAGUUUUGCCCUAUUUUUGGAGCCAUCCUGGCUGAUAGCUACUUCGGGAAUGCCAAAACCAUUUUCUACUUCUUGCUAUUCUAUGCGUUGGGCUUUGGAGGAAUUACGUUAGCCACAUUGCCCUUUAUUACAGCCUCAAUGGACAUCGUCGUGUUUAUAUCUUUGUUUUUGAUUUCUGUGGGCAAUGGAAAUAUCCGGGCGUGUAUUACGAGUUUAGCAGCCAUCCAAUUCAAACUUCCAGAACAGAAGAUAUCCCUGCAGAAAUACUUUUCUCACUACUACUUCGUCUACACGAUGGGUAUUCUUUCUAGCAAAAUUAUUACGCCAUCGAUUAGAGGACUCAGCGGUAAUUGCUAUGGCAUGGUCUUUGGCUUCCUGGGAAUACUCUUCCUUGGUUGUUGGAUAACCUUUCUGAUAGGGAUGUUUUUCUACAAGAAAGAAGAAGUUAGUCGACAGAAUAUCCUUGUCCAGGUUGUCGGAUGCAUCUGGUAUGCUCUGUGGAAGUAUAUCAAGAAAGAAAAUGUGCAUGCAAAUUGGAUGGACAGCUCUAUUGGGCGCUAUUCUGAGGAAUUUGUUCAAGACGUGAGAGCUUUUCUCAGAGUUAUAAAGCUCUAUCUUCCUUUGCCCAUAUAUUGGGCUCUUUUGGCACAACAAGACUCUAGUUGGACUUUCCAGGCCACAAAACUCGACACAACUAUUUUCGGAUGGAGUCUAGAACCUGAUCAAGUUAAAGCCAUGGGCCCUUUGCUACUACUCAUGAUGAUUCCCUUCUGGCAAAAUGUUGUCCUGCCUCUCCUGCAGCGAACUACGGGAUGCCAGAUCUCGCCACUGUUCAGUGUAACUCUAGGUGGAGUAGCAGCUGCUCUCUCCUUCAUCUGCUCUGGUAUUCUGGAGGUUCAAAUCAAUCAAUCUCCGCCUGAAACCAUAUCCUUUGCAUGGCAAAUCCCGCAGUUCUUCCUCCUUAUGAUGGGUGAAGUAUUACUAUCGAUUCCUGGACUUCAGUUUAGUUUCACCCAGGCUCCGGCAACUAUGAAAUCCGUCCUUACGGCCUCGUGGUUCGUCAACAAUGCCAUCGGAAAUUUGAUUGUGGUAGUCAUCACAGAACUCAAAUUUACCUCGAGCCAGAGCUCAGAGUACUUCCUGUAUUCUUUCCUGAUGAUUUGUGGCAUCACAUGUUUUACUUUCAUGGCGGGAAACUAUGAUAUUCCUGUCCAGGGACCCCCUGAACCCCUUCCAGAAAAAUACAUCAUCCUGACCACGGAGAAAUCCGACAAAUCCGCCUCAGUGUGAUUCUCACAAUGUAUAUUCUAGGCUUAUUUUCAAAUAAAUCACAUAUUUAUUUAGGUUACCAAAAAAAAGAAA